AUGGAUUUGGAAACGUUUUUUACGACAACUGUUUUGGAUUAUAAUUUAGGUAAAGAACGGAUGCAUUCUGAGGACAUUCGUUUAAUUGAAGAAAGUGUAAAUAAAAUGGAAAACGCGCUUGAAAUUUUGAUAGUAAUUUUAGCUGCUGUAUGUGAAGAACAUGUACAUAAUUUGUUAACAGAAAUUUAUCAAAUGCUGUGGGAAUGUUUCAAUGAUUUGAAUUUGAAACUUAAUGGUUAUGUGGACAAUUCAUUUUCAUCAGGUUUUUUUCCAUCUUUCAAUUAUAGUGGUCUACCCGGCAGACCUUCAAUAAGUAUUUCAGAGGAGCAGAUAUUAGAGUUACGAAAUAUUGGUUUAAAUUGGACCAUUAUUAGCGCAAUACUAAAGGUUUCGCGUAGAACAAUUUAUAGAUUAAAAAACAAAUAUGACAUAAAUGAUAUGCGUUUAAUUUCGGAUGAAGAACUUGAUUUGGCAAUUCAGAGUAUUAUGAACAAUACUCCCAAUUCUGGAGAAGUGUAUGUUAGAGGGAGUUUGCGAUCGUACAGUAUAAACGUUCCGAGGUGGAGAGUGAGGGAGCGCUUACAACUACUAGAUCCUGUAGGUAGAGCCCUUAGAAGACACAACACAAUUGUCAGAAGAAAAUACAGAGUUAAAGGAGUUAAUUAUCUAUGGCAUAUUGACUCCAAUCACAAAUUGGUUAACUUCAGAAUGGUAUUUCAUGGCUGCAUUGAUGGUUUCAGUAGAAUGAUAAUUUAUUUACAUUGUUUAAAUGACAACAAAGCUUUAAGUGUUAUGGAUUGUUUUCGCAAGGGUGUUUCUCAAUUUGGUUUACCAAGUCGUGUGAGGGGCGAUCGAGGAACUGAGAACAUUGGGGUAGCCAGAUAUAUGAUAACAGAGCGAGGAUGUAACAGAGGUAGCUUUAUCGUUGGGCGCUCUGUACACAAUCAGCGAAUUGAAAGAUUGUGGUCAGAGGUGAACCGUGUGGUUUCAAAACAAUUUAAGCAGCUAUUUCUGUACAUGGAAGAAGUACAAAUUUUGGAUGAACAUAACGAAAUUGACCUAUUCAGUUUGUCCUAUGUGUUCCUGCCCCGGAUACUACGUACCUUAAAUGAAUUUAUAAGACAGUGGAAUCAUCAUGGUUUAAGUACAGAAAGAAACAGAUCACCAGUGCAAAUCUUUUAUGCAGCUACUAUCGCGGGAAGCUGCGUAAGAGAUGAAGAUCCUAUCUAUUUAGAAAACCCACAAGAAUAUGGACUCGAUUGUCUGGGUCCACUCCCAGCAAUUGAAACAGAUAACAAUGUUGUCGUUCCCGAUUUUGACAUAACUCUUACAGAUGAUCAGUUAGCUAUGAUCAGAAACCAUGUGCCUAAUCCACUUAUAGACGAUGGUGCCUCCGGCAUAAAUUUAUACACAUGCGUACGCAAUUUAAUCAAGUCUUUUGUUAAUAAUGAACUUAAUUAG